GAGCGUCCGCACGGUGUCCCGGAUGUGGUUGGUGAACACCAAAGACGAAGCCACUGUUCUAAGUCAUUCCACACACUCCUAUUUCACUAGGAGAAAGCUCUAGCGGACGACGAGGAAGAAGAGAUCGAACGAACGAGGGAUGGCGUCGAAGAGCAAGAUUCUAGUGAUCGGCGCCACCGGAUACAUCGGCAAGGACAUCGCUCUCGCCAGCGCCAGGGAAGGCCACUCCACCUUCGCCCUCGUCCGUGCCGCUGCUGGCGCCGACCAGCCCCCUGCCAAGGCCAAGCUCCUCCAAGACUUCCAGGCAGCCGGCGUCACGCUCGUCCACGGGGAUCUGUACGACCACGGGAGCCUGGUGAGCGCCAUCAAGCAAGUCGACGUCGUUAUCUCCGCCAUCGGCUUUUUGCAGUUGAAGGAUCAAACCAAGAUCAUCGACGCCAUCAAAGAUUCAGGCACCCACAUCAAGAGGUUUUUACCUUCCGAGUUCGGCAACGAUGUCGAUCGAGUGAACACCGUAGAGCCGGCCAAGUCAACCUUCGACAUCAAGGUACAGAUCCGAAGGGCCGUGGAGGCUUCAGGGAUCCCUUACACUUACGUGGCCAGCAAUUUCUUCGCCGGGUACUUCCUCCCAUCGCUCGGGCAGGCUGGAGUUGCCGGUCUUCCAACCGACAAAGUAGUCAUUUUGGGUGAUGGGAACGUCAAAGCUGUGUUUGUCGAUGAAGAUGACAUCGGAACAUACACUGUGAAAGCAGUGGAUGAUCCCAGAACAUUGAACAAGGUCCUGUAUCUGAGACCACCAAGCAACAUCCUAUCGCACAACGAGCUCGUUUCUCUGUGGGAAAAGAAAGUCGGCAAGACCUUCAAGCGGGUCUAUGUUUCUGAAGAAGAAGUUCUCAAGAAGAUCCAAGAAUCUCCUAUCCCAUUGAACGUGGUUUAUGCAAUUCAUCACUCGGUCUUCAUCAAUGGCGACCACACCAACUUCGAGAUCGAACCAUCAUUCGGCGUGGAGGCCUCGGAACUCUACCCCGAUGUCAAAUAUACUUCUGUCGAUGAAUACCUGAAUCGUUUUAUCUAAGAACAUGUCGAACAUUGUCGCUUUUCAGUAGUUAUGGAUGCAAAUAAAUCGCAUGUUCAUGUAAUCAUGUGUGUUAUCUGUUUGAAUUCCAUGGUUAUCUUUCUUUGUCCUUCUAA